CAUUUUAUAAUUCAAUACUCAUGAAUAAUUUCGUUUUUUAUGCUUUGGAAAAUAAGCCCCUCACAUUAGUGUCAGAGACUCUGCUGAAGAAAAGAAAGAAACGAGCAGAACAAAAAGCCAAAGCUAUUCAAAAUGCAGUGAGGGAAAGAAAGAAACAAAGGCAGAGAAAGAAGGGAGGUUUUAAAAGUGCUGAAAAACUUGUCAAAGAGUACAGGCGCAUAGAACGGGACAAUAAACGUUUGAAGUGGGCAAUGAGAUGUCCAGCAAAAUUUGACUUUCCAACAGAACAUCGGCUGGGAUUCAUCAUUCGUAUCAGAGGAUCAGAUGGUGUGUGUUCCCGAACUAGUAAAAUUCUAGAUCUUUUGAAAUUACGAGCCGUAAACAUUGGAGUUUUUGUGGAGAUGAAUGAAGCUAUGCUCCAGUUACUAAAAGUUAUUGAGCCUUUUGUCACCUGGGGCUAUCCAAAUCUAAAGACUGUACGAGAACUGAUCUACAAGAGAGGGUACGGUCGGGCAAUGGGCAGACGUUUCCCGUUAUCAGACAACGCUUUCAUUGAAGAGCGACUAGGAAAAUAUGGUAUUGUGUGUUUGGAGGAUUUACUUCAUCAGUUGUACACUAUCGGACCUCACUUCAAGAAAGUAGCAAAUUUCCUGUGGAAGUUCAAGUUGAACCCUCCCAAAAAUGGUUGGACAAAGAAAUCUCUACGCUUUACUGAAGGAGGAGACUAUGGAAAUCGGGACAUAAAAAUUAAUGACUUACUGAGAAAAAUGAUUUAAAUAUUUUUGUUUUGUACAAAGAAAAAAAAAAGAUUGUAUAACUGACAUCCAUUUAAGUCUGGAAUAGGUGACAUUUUCAUAAUACUUCAAUAAAAUGGUGUAUUAUUUUA